CCUUCAUAAGUUUGUGACAGAUGACAGGCCGAUCAGUAAUUGCAGUUUGAAGUCUCUAACAACGUGCUCAACUUGAGCUGAGGCUGUAAUUUCAUUUCUCGUGCGGCUUUAAUGCUGUAAAACUGUGGAUCGCAUCUUUGACAUGCACUCUGCUGUGUCAUUCCUGGGCGGCUUGACUGCGACUGUUAGUUUGUACCUGUUGCGUAACUCUUAACCUCUGUCCGUGUUUCAUUCUUCAUAUUGGGGGUUUGUGUAUGGGUGUACACGUAGCUUAAAUCGAAGUGCAUGGGUGAGCUCUGUUCGGCUUUCAUUUACACAGACACACAUAAGGGCGAGGAGCAAGAGCUGCAGACAGAGCAUUAUGGCACUCCUCCUGUGGCUCGGCCUGUCACUGCUGGUGGCUGUCCAGUCCAGCGAUGUCAAGAACUGCCACCCCGGUUGCCACUGUGAAGUGGAAAGCUUUGGCCUGUUUGACAGCUUCAGCCUGACCAGGGUGGACUGUCGAGGGCUGGGACCCAGGGCCUCCAUGCCUGUCCCCAUCCCGCUGGACACUACCCACCUGGACCUGUCCUCCAUCUCCAUGGGCCCACUCAGUGACACCAUGCUAGCUGGUCCAGGCUACACCACCCUAGUUAGCCUGGACCUCAGUGACAACCAUAUUACAAAGGCAAGUCCCAAUGCACUGUCCAAGCUGCGUUACCUGGAGACUCUUGAUCUGAGCCAUAACCACCUGGAGCGCCUCUCGUCCAGCUUUUUCUCUGGACUCCCUUUGGCAGAAGUGGACCUCAGUCACAACAGCUUCCACGAGUUCGACAUGGACUUGUUUGCCACUAAAGUGAACAGUGAACCCCUCACUGUGGAUCUGUCUUACAACAAGUUGGUGUCAGUCUUAGCUUCUUUGCAUGGAAGAGUCCUACAUAUUCAGAGCUUGAAUCUGUCUGCAAACCAGCUGUCGAGUGCACCGAGCCUGGCGGGACUCCCACUGAGGUAUCUGAAUCUGGAUGGGAACCCCAUCACACAAAUCAAGAAGGGAACCUUUGCUCAGCUGCAAGAUCUGGUUUAUUUAUCCAUAAGCGGCCUCAAUGAGCUUCGGCUAAUCGAACCGUACAGCUUCAAGGGCCUCCACAGCCUACAAGUUCUGGAUCUCUCCAACAACCCAAAACUCAAGAAUCUGAGCCUUGCAGUGUGCAAUGGACUAGACUCCCUGCAGGAGCUGAACUUAUCUGGUUCUGGUGUGGAGUCCUUGCCAACCAAGAUCCUAGCCCACCUGCCCAGCAUUAAGAGUAUCACACUCGGACGAAAUAUCCAGUGCUGGAGGACCCAGAAACAGGGGCAGUUCCACCGGCAGAUGGGGCAGGUGUACCAUAAUGAGGUGCUGACCUGUAACACGGAGGGCAUUUUGUUGUGACGCUGUGCCUGUGGAAGUAGACCACUCUUUACAAUCCUGAUACCAGAGCUGUGCCUUAUCUGCUUUGAUAUGCAUAACACUUUUUUUGUGUUCCUUUCACUGAGUUACAUCUGCUCCAUGGUGACACUUUGGAACAUGUCUUAAAGGUUUAAUGUAGCCUUCGCGAACUUUUAACGCAAUAUCAUUAAUGCUGUACUUUUUAACACAAAUGUGCAGCAUUUUGCAUAGCACAGAACAAUUACUCUCCCAUCUUAACACGCAGCGUAGACUAUACUGGUAGAGAACCUUUCAUGAAUCUGUCAUUUUGGGUUCACGUACUUCAAAGUGGGACCAUAUUAAGAGUUAUUUGCACUUACUCCAGUUGCAGGAAUGCACGAUGCACACGACUAUGGGCAAAGUGUCAUCCAGCGUAAUAGAAAGCCUAUGCAUUGCUCAUAAUAUCCGCGCUGAGGGAUAUCGUACAACUGUUGACCACUAAUGUUUUUCAUUUUGACUUUGAAUGUGAUGCUGAAUGGAAACGGUUAAAGGAAGUGUUUAUGGAGAGUUCCUUGAGGAGACUGAUACCACUCUUAUGUCUGUAAGUUAUCUAUGAAGGUACAGCCAGGAGCUGAUUAGCUUAGCUUUGCACAAAAACUGGAAGCAGGGGGAGAAGUUCGCCAUGUUCGAAGAAAGCUCAUAAGCGCUGAUAGGAAAAUUUUGCUUUCUUUGCAGAGGGUUAUGCAGAACAAGAUGCUUGGGUAAUUUAGAAAUGGCAUUGUCACAUAGAUUGUCCAACAGAGUGGCUCCGACGUGAUUAUUUGCAAUGCUCUCAGUAUUGUUUGCAGCACAUUUAGCAGAGUUUGUGCCAUAGUUGAGCAGACUGUGAUGGAGAAUCAACCCAGAAAAUUACUAAAUCCUAUCAUUUUCCUUAAUCGGUAUGCAAGUAUUGACCAAUGUAUCGAUACCAACCUUAAGAGUUCUUGUUUAGUGUCAAAAUUUUCAUUAUGCACUUGUUGCCAAGGGAAGAUACAUAAAUAAAUGAGCUAGCUAGGUGGAUUUUGUUGCCUUAAUACAAUAUCAGGCUAUCUGUAGUCAGACUCACUGGAUGUAGAUUCACUAUAGGAAUGAACAGCAUCCUUGAAGAAACAAACUACCACACUGAAAAUGUCAAGUUUUGAUGAGUAUUUGGAUCGUGCAGUAAGACACCUCUGCUUUUUUUCAGUGAAUUAUCCAUUUUAAUGGCAGUGAUCGCCUCCUUUAGUGCAAAUGUUCCACCAAAUCGAUUCCCCCAUCACUGUUUUGAGCCAUCUCUGCUGCAGCAUUCUUUGCUUUGCUCUGCCCAAUACGACUGUGAUCGAUCUAAAGAAACACAAACAAGCCAGAAUGAUGAAGGUGCAGUCAGACCAUUCUGCUCGGCUAUCUGUAUCCUGCUGUUUCCAGUCUUAAUGCUAAACUAAGUUUGCUGGCUAAUGCAAGUAUUUCCCAAACAAUGUCAAACUGUACAAUCCAAGGACCAGAUUUUUUAUAUUUAGCGCAGUCUGGAUGGGAAACUUACAGAUAAGUCUUGUUAGAUAAACAGAGGACGCAUUUUUCUUCUCCUUACACUCAAAAAGUGACCAUUUAAUUACUUGAAUUUUUGUCUCUGUGAGCCCAAACCAAACAUCUUGUCCAUGGUGUUUGGACAGUUUCUCCUUAUAAUGACAGUACACGUUCGGUGUAAAGCCUUUUAAGCAAAUUAUUGAUUAUUAUUGAUUGAUUAUGGGACGAAUUGUCACAUAUUUGGUUAUGAAGUGAUGCUGGUACGUGUCGAUGUUUGAACACCGAGCUGCACUGUGUGGUCUUGUGUAACCUUACCUUGGCAUUCCUGUGGUAUUUCGAGGAUGAUCAGCCUCAGGACUGCAUAUCUGGGUAUGUGACUGUCAGCAAUGUGGAAAGGCCUGGAGACUUUUGAUUUUCUUUUAAUAGAAUUCCAUCUUUUCAGUAUGUUGAUUGAAGAUCAAAUUGACCAGUACUGGUUUAUAAGUUUAUAUUUGUAUGUAUGUAACUAUAUUGUAUAUAACUUUAUAUUAAAAAAAUAUAUAAAUAUAUGAAUCAUAUGUGUAAUAAAUUGACUUAUUCUCUCA